AUGAACAGCCCAAAAACCAACCAUAAUUUACUUGAAAACAAUCACUCCUCCAUAUUCAACCCACUAGACUCCCAAGAAUUUAGGAGGCAAGGCCACCUGAUCAUUGACUUCCUUGCUGAUUACUAUCAAAGCAUUGAGCAAUACCCAGUUCAAAGCCAAGUCCGACCGGGCUAUCUCCAACCUCGCUUGCCGGAAUCCGCCCCCCAGGAUCCCGAACCCGUGGAAGCAAUCCUCCAAGACGUGAAGGAUCACAUUAUUCCAGGUUUAACCCACUGGCAAAGCCCUAACUUCUUCGCUUACUUUCCGUCUAGCGGUAGCACCGCCGGGUUUCUCGGCGAAAUGCUUAGCACCGGGUUUAACAUCGUCGGUUUCAACUGGGCGUCAUCGCCCGCGGUGACCGAGCUCGAGAUGAAAGUCAUGGACUGGCUUGGCAAGCUGCUCAAGCUCCCGGAAUCAUUUCUGUUCUCGGGCAACGGCGGCGGUGUGUUACAAGGUACCACCUGCGAAGCCAUCUUAUGUACCAUUGUCGCCGCCAGAGAUCAAAUGCUAAGCCGAGUUGGAAGACAGAACCUGGAGAAGCUGGUCGUAUACGGAUCGGAUCAGACCCAUUGCGGGGUCCAAAAAGCGGCUCGGAUCGCAGGACUCAACCCUAAAAAUAUUCGGUCCAUUAGGACCACGAAGGCAACCGCGUUCGGGCUCUCCCCGGACUCCCUCAGACACGCAAUCCUUUCCGACUUAGACGCCGGGUUCAUCCCGCUGUUUCUCUGCGCCACCGUCGGAACUACCGCCUCGACUGCCGUGGACCCAGUGGGGCCGCUGUGUGCCAUUGCGAAAGACUACAACGUAUGGGUUCACGUAGAUGCCGCGUACGCUGGGAGCGCCUGCAUAUGCCCGGAGUUCCGGCAUUUCCUCGACGGCGUCGAAGGAGCAAACUCCUUCAGUCUCAACGCCCAUAAAUGGCUGUUAACGAACCUGGAUUGUUGCUGCCUAUGGGUGAAGGAUCCAACUGCCCUCAUCAAAGUCUUGUCCACAAAUCCAGAGUAUUUGAAGAACAAAGCAAGCGAGUCCAAACAAGUUGUAGACUACAAAGACUGGCAGAUAGCACUGAGCAGGAGGUUUCGAGCGAUGAAGCUAUGGCUGGUGCUUCGGAGCUGCGGCGUCGGGAAUCUCAGGAACUUUCUGAGGAAGCAUGUGAGAAUGGCGAAGCGUUUUGAGCGGCUGGUGGGGAUGGACCAGCGGUUCGAGGUUGUGGUCCCUACCAACUUCGCUACGGUGUGUUUUAGGCUUUUGCCGCUGUCGUGCGGUGCUGAGAACUGCGCCGCCGUAAAUGGUGGCCGGAAGAAUAUUGUUGACGAUGGUGAGGAGGAGGAAGAAGGGAGGGAGUUGAACAGGAGGUUAUUGGAAGCAAUGAACGGGUCGGGGCGCGUGUACAUGACGCAUGCGGUAGUUGGGGGCAAGUACGUGAUUAGGUUUGCCAUUGGGGCAACGCUUACGGAGGAUCGGCACCUGACCAUGGCGUGGAAGGUGGUGCAGCAGCAUGCACAUUGCAUUCUGAGUAGCUUUCCGUACAGGGAAGGUGCCAGCGCCGGUGGAAAACUGGAAAGUGGGGUGAAAUGCAGCAAGGUGAACUAAUUCGUUAGCUGGGAUAUCCUAAUAUUGUGGA